AUGGGUGAUCUUGGCCCUCUCGUGUCCGACGAGCUGGAACAGUUGCCAAAUCCCCUUACCGUGACCAGGGAGUCUGUCAAGGACAUCAAUGUGUUGGUGACUGGCUUUGGGCCUUUCAAAACCAACGCCGUAAACCCCUCGUACCUGAUCGCUUCAGCCCUGCCCAAAACAGUCACUCUACCUCAAGCCUCCCCCACCUCCCCUACCUGCCAUGCCCGCAUCCAUAUCCACCCGGAGCCGAUCCGCGUCUCCUAUGCCGCCGUUCGCUCCGCCGUCCCCACAAUAAUUGAUAGUUUCAAGAAAGACAAUGAUGGCCGCCCUCCAGAUCUUAUCAUUCAUAUCGGCAUGGCUUCCACCCGUGAGUGCUACACAAUCGAAACAGUGGCCCAUCGCGACGGCUACAACAUCACCGAUGUAGAUGAACAAGUUGGCUUCAAGGCGGGCGAAGCUCUCUGGAAAGAGGCCGGGUUGCCUGCUGUGCUUAGACCGGGUCCAUCCACUACAUCUACCAAUGAUGGUGACGAGAAUUCUACUCUGAGGAAAUCAGCUACUACCGCUGUCUACACUACCAGAGAUAUCUCAAGCACCUCAACCUUCACCACAAGCACUAGAGGUGGCACAACCACCACCUUGACUACUACUACUACUACUACUACCACCACCACGGCCAGGACAAAAGCUCCAUCCUCGUCCUCACCACCACCAGACGAACAAGACCAAGCCCAAGACCAAACGCAAACACUGCGCAACACGAUAACCACCACCAUAACCUCAACCGCACCCAAGACACCGACUUCUCCGUAUCUCUGCGAGUUUAUCUUCUAUACGAGCUUGGCGCAGGCAUAUAUGGAGCGGAGGAAUCGGAGUGUUGUGUUUCUGCAUGUGCCUGGGCGGACGGAUGAGGCGGGUAUUGAGAUUGGGAGGGAUGUUGCGGUGGCAUUGGUGAAGUGUUUGGUUGCUUGUUGGGUUGAUUGA